AUGAGGUUGCUCUCAUCCCCGAUGCUCAUUGUGAGCCUUGUGGCAGAACUAGUUGUGGCCGACAAGCCAAGGAUUGACCGAAAGGCUGUGGUUCAAUCUUUCAAUCCAACAAGGGUAGAAAGCUCACCUGAAACCCCUUUGCAAGUGGGCAAUGGGAAUUUUGCCUUUGGCGCAGACAUCACCGGCCUCCAGACGUUCGGGCCCUUCUCCACGCUGUCGACUUGGGGCUGGCAUAAUUUUAGCCUGCCCGAGACACCGGGCCAGACGCAGGUAUCAGACUAUCAUGGUACAGACUGGUGGACACAUGGCCGUCUUGUUAAUUACAACAUGGUCAGCCCCAACGAGAGCGAUAUUGGGAAUUGGCUUCGAGAGAAUCCUCAUCGAAUUAACCUUGCCAGAAUCGGACUCGUCUUCGGGGAUCAAAAUAUAACUGAAGCCGCACUUUCUAACAAAUCACAAACUCUGGAUAUGUGGACCGGCAUUCUCACCUCCCAAUUCACUUACAAGGACGCCCUGGUGACGGUUGAGACGGCAUCGGACCCAGAAACGGAUACUCUCUCGAUAAAAGCCAAAUCAUCGCUUUUUUCUUCCGGUGAUAUCGGAGUGGUUUUUGAUCUCCCUUAUCCCGUCAAUCAGAAGUUUGAAGCUCCAUCUGUUGGAACCUUUGACAGUCCAGAGAAGCACUCUAGCUCCCUGACUCAGUGUGCGGCGGGCAGCCAGGGCACCAGAGCUAGAAUCGUCCAUGACCUCGAUAACACUACCUACAGUUUGCAUCUAAAUUGGAAUUCGGCUGACAAGAUCGUCAGGUCAGACCCAGAUACUCAUAGAUACCAUUUGUACCCAAAAAGCUCUGAUGCGUUGAGCUUGACAAUCGACUUUUCUAAUACAGGCCGCGCACAUAUGUCUGUGGAUGCCUCAAAGGUCCAGGAACGAUCUAGAGAUUGGUGGGAAAGCUUCUGGGAGUCAGGCGCAUUCAUUGACUUGGCUGAAUCUCAAUCUGAAGCCGCCCAAGAACUUCAGCGUAUCACCGUCCAGUCGCUGUACCUCGAAGCAAUGGAAAUGUACGGCUGGCACACUUUCCAAUUUGCACGUUGGAAUCAUUGGCCUCUGUACUGGCGCUCCGCGAACCACACAUAUCAACUCCUUCUGGACGAUGCACUUAGUCGAGCAAAGAGGCAGGGAUACGAAGGUGCGCGAUGGGGCAAAAUGACAGGAUCCAACCUCGUUGACAGCCCGGGGGAGAUCAACACUCUUCUUAUCUGGCAGCAGCCUCACGCGAUUUACUUUGCAGAACUCGAAUAUCGCCAGUUUCCAAGCCCGGAGACGCUUGAGAAGUGGGAUGGGAUCCUUUCGGCCACGGCAGACUUUAUGUACUCAUACGGAUUCUGGGACGAAGCUUGUUAUCAACUUGGCCCGCCAAUGUAUCCCAUCUCCGAAAAUACUAAACCAAACUCGACCGUCAAUCCGACUUUUGAACUUGCCUACUGGCGCUUUGGCCUCGAGGUUGCAUCCAACUGGAAGAAACGCCAGGAGAAGCCGGUGCCGACUCACUACACGGAGAUGCUAGAGAAAUUGUGCCCUCUCCCCGUCGAUAAUGGUACAUACCCCAUUUAUGAAGGCAUACCUGAUAUGUGGAUCGAUAAUAACACAGUUACCGAUCACCCUGGAAUGGCUGGAAUCUACGGUCUUCUCCCGCCCCCUUCAGACCGAGAUGCUUUGGACUUGGGAAUCGUCCGCCACACAGCCGACCGCAUCCAUGAAGUCUGGGACCUACCCAACUCAUACGGGUGGGAUUUCCCAAUGCUAGCAAUGAACUCCCUGCGGCUGGGGGAUGUGGACCGUGCGAUAGAGUACCUGCUUCACCCUUCGUUUGAUUUCGAUGAUGCCGGGUAUCCAACCGGGGGCACAAGAGUUCCUCGGCCGUACUUCCCAAGUUCGGGAUCAUUUCUGCUCGCCAUGUCAAUGAUGGCUGGGGGCUGGGAUGGAGAGGAGCAUCCGCAUUUCCCUGGAGACUGGGCUGUGAAGGUUGAGGGCUUCACCCCGGCGAUGUAA